AUGGCCCAGAAUCCGAUGUCGCUGUCCGCCGGCGAUCAAGCCAGCAGGGUAGCUCAACGGUCCUCCCAAGGAGAUUUCAGCCCGUCUGCCGUGGCGUGGGCGAUGGUCUCCGGAGACGGCUUACUGGUUACUAGUCAUGAGCCGAAUCAGCCAGGACCUCGGCCGCCACCGCGACCCAGCGUUCGAACCGACAGACGUCGAAUGCCCGUUGGUGGCCGCAGUCGAAGCCGCCAAGGCCGAUUCUCGCCUUACCCGAUCCCUGGCGUCAAGCUCGACCUCUUAAGAAGUGUGCUGCAGCAGCGUCUGGUUGCGUUGGGAAACACCCUCGCAGCCCGGAUCUCGGCAUAGAACGAAUGCCCCCCCCCCAAUUAGCAUGCAAACAAGGCAUCUCUGAAAUCA